AAUGAGAAAAAAUGUAUAUUGUCUUUAUAUAGGGGACAGUGGGGAGUUUUGAAGCAUGGGGAGUUGCGAAGCACGGCCAUAGAUGUCGCUUAGUUGUGGUUUUGAUAGGUCUUACAUACUGAAAACAUUGGUUCUCCUAAUAUCUCAGUUUUCUUGUAGCAUUCAUCCCGAUAGCACACCUUUGUUGUAUCUCUCCAGACAGUGUGUUCAACAUUUUGUUUGGAAAGUUUUAUUGAGCAUUCGUGUUUGUGGCAAUUUCAUAAAUAUUUUCAAGCGAAUCGAAAAGGUGAGUGCACACAAAUUAAUCAACAAUGAUUAGGCUUUCGACGUUCAAAUGUAUUUAUGCAAAAACAUUCGAUGUGUUACUGACGCGGUGGCAAUUUUAAAAUAUAGCGAAUGGAGAGAAAUGAAGCACAUCAAGUGGGGAGAUGUGAAGCACGGCAAAUAUGUCAGAUGUGAACCUGAAGUCGUAUUUUACAUGCGUAUUACGCAUUAUUUGUUAGAAAUUGGAAUGUUUAAUGCAAUUCCAAGGAUUUGUUGCAAUGACUUUUGUUUUUUUUUCGCAAGUGCUUGAAUGAUUUUUUGUGUUUUUUCAGUCAAUAUGCCCCGUUAUAAGUAUGGUGCGAAAAAGAAACCAGCGAUUAAUGUCGAUGCCAUGGUGGCUGCCAUGAAAGAGGUGAUGAUUGACAAAAAAUCGCAACGCUCCGUUGCCAAAGCGUACAACAUCAAUGACACCAAACUGCAUCGCUACAUUUCUGACCUGAAAAGUAAAAACAUAGAUCCCGCAACCGCCACGAAUGAACAAUUGGUCGAUUUUGUAACCACAAAAUGUAACGUGACUGGUGGAAGAACGGUUUUCAGCGUGGACCAAGAGAAAGAGCUGAUGAAAUACCUCCUUCAUUCCACCGCCAUGUAUUAUGGAUUGACCAUCUGUGAAUUGGUAACAAUGGCCUACGAGUUCGCAAAGAAGUCAGGCGUUCGAUAUCCUCCAGAAUGGGAUGUUCAUGGCAAAGCAUCGAAGGACUGGUAUUAUGCAUUUAUGCAUCGCCAUCCGAAUCUUUCUCUCCGAACGCCAACAGGGCCAACAGACAAAAAUUGCCGAUGACUUUGGAUUUUAUGCAAAUCCAUCAAC